AUGAGUUGUUUUUCUCGCAUUUUCAAGAGGACGAGCGGCGGUCAGCAACAAACUGGUCCACUCAAUGAGGACCUCCCGGGUGUUGAGAACAUAACAAGAUUUAGCUAUAAGGAGUUGGAUAGGGCAACUGCAAGAUUUGACCAAUCCAAUAAGAUUGGUGAGGGAGGUUAUGGACCAGUUUAUAAGGGAACGCUCAGGGAUGGAACAGCUGUUGCAGUAAAGGUGCUCUCUUUGCAGUCUAGGCAAGGCGCGAGGGAAUUUCUUAGUGAACUUAUUACGAUCUCUGAUAUUUCCCAUGAGAAUCUCGUCAAGCUUUAUGGCUGUUGUGUGGAAGGAAGCCACAAGAUCCUCGUCUAUAAUUAUCUUGAAAAUAACAGCCUUGCACAAACCCUUCUAGGUUCUCAGCGGCAUAGCAGCAUCCAAUUUAACUGGAGAACUCGAGUGAAUAUUUGCAUUGGUGUUGCCCAGGGACUAGCUUACCUCCAUGACGGUGUCCGACCACAUGUUGUCCACCGGGACAUCAAAGCUAGCAAUAUACUUCUGGAUCAGGAUCUUACCCCGAAAAUUUCCGAUUUCGGCUUAGCGAAGCUUCUACCUUCGGAUGUAUCACAUAUUAGCACAAGAGUCGCAGGAACGCUAGGUUACUUGGCUCCUGAAUACGCCAUCCGAGGACAAGUGACCCGGAAAUCAGAUGUUUACAGCUUCGGUGUUCUGCUGAUAGAAAUAGUCAGCGGAAGAUGCAACACUGAUACAAAACUACCCUACGAGGAUCAGAUUCUUCUUGAGAAGACGUGGGCAUACUACGACCAGGGGCAGCUGGACGAGAUCAUCGACAGCUCCCUGGGCGACGACCUGGACGUGGACGAGGCGUGCAGGUUCCUGAAGGUGGGGCUCCUGUGCACCAAGAACGUGACGAAACGCCGGCCCGACAUGUCGACGGUGACCCGGAUGCUGAAGGGCGAGGAGGACGUGGAGUCGCAUGAGAUCACCAAGCCCGACGUGAUCCGGGACUUCAGGGACCUCAAGCUGAGGAGCAAGGCCACGUCGUCGUCGCUGCUGACCUCCAUCGUGGCGCGCUCCUCGCCGUCGUCGUCGUCGUCCACCGGCAACACCACCCGCACCUCCAUCACUUUCACCGCCAUAUCGGACCGCCCCUGA